AUGACGAUCACUAUUACGGCUUCUAAAUUGCAAUCUGAACCAUGUAGUGCAAUUUAUCCCUACGUUCUUCUUUCAACAUACCGCCUUGUUGUGUGUCAGGUUUGCGGGUUUGCCUCUGUAGCUGAUGAGGUUACUACUCAUUUGAAAACACGGCAUCGCGAUAUGCAGCCAGAGCAUCGACAGGAGCUGGUAGAGAAGAUAAAACUGAUCCCAAACAUUCUACGCAAUCAGGACGAACUGCGUGAUUUACGGUACCCAACGGAUAUAAUUGAACCCAUUCCGUAUCUUGCGCCACCAAAACCAGACGGUUUGAAAUGUCGUGCGUGCGGCCACAUUGUCCGUCGUAUUCAGAAGAUCCAAAAGCAUUGUGCUGAUGAGCAUCAAUGGACGAACCCAAGAGGCAGGGGAAGACCACCGCCGGAUUACCAUAUGUCCACUUACGAGUCACCAUGGGAGGAGGGUGUCGCAUGCCAACGCUUCUUCCCUAGCAGGGCGGGCAGCAGAUGGUUCCACGUGGAUUCCCAGACACGACUACAAAGAGAUGUCCACAAGAAAGUGCAUACAGAUUCGUUCCAAUCGCGAGUGGCGCCACAAGAACUCGGCCCGGUCUCAUGUUCUCAUCUGAGUGAGGUGGUAGAACGUGAAAAGAAGUACUGGGAAACAAUGAAUCAGCCACGUUUGAGUAGCAAAGACAUGGACAGUGGCUCCUUUGCGACUACAAGUAUCUGGAUGGAGAGAACACAAUGGCAAGCUAUAUACAAGGGUGCAAGGCGCGAUAUCUUGCGAGCAUCGACUCGACUACCUGACCGACGCGCCUUGGCGAUAGACUACUUCUUAGGACAAGGAACCCAAGAAAGUUGUUCAGAUAUAAUAAGCUCGAGUGAAGCUGAGCAGAAGAUAUCUUGCAUCUUAGGGGCAUUAGACAUCGUGGUAGAUCGGUGCGAGAACACGAUCCGUCGGACGAGUCGUUUUCUUCUAUGCUGGCUAAACAGCACGAGGCUUCAGUAUUUCCACGAAAGACCGUUCAGCCUGGUGGCGGAGAAAAGUACCGAAAGAAAGUACCGGAAUGUUCAGAAACGGCUGUUGGCUUUUGCCUUUCGAACGCAUAUGAUGACGGCUAGAGUCAAGAGAGAGUGUGUGAGGUUUCAGUUGAGCGAAGAUCUAUCCUCUCAACUUCAAGUCAUUUGGGAGCAUAAGGUCUGGAAAUUGUUUGACUGGUCAAGAGGAUCCUGGCCU